AUGCUAAAACAAUCUGUUCAGCAGCAAGCGUACGGCUACGAGGAGAAACCCGAGAACAUCGACAGCCAGCAGUCUUUGCUCUACCGUAGCCAGCCUAGCCCACUCAAUGCUUCCUUCGAUGACCGAUAUACCUCGACCGAUUCCCUACGUCGCUACACACUACAGGAUCCCGGAGUCACCAUCUUCCCCGAUGGUCCAUACCAGGAGUCCUUAGGAGGACUCAACCAUCGCUCGGGUACUCAAUCACCGAUGUCGGAGACUGCCUCGGAAGCCUGGCAGAACCGACAGGCACCUGGGUCAGGACUGCGGCGGUAUGCUACUCGAAAGAUCAAGCUGGUCCAAGGUUCUGUGCUUAGUGUCGACUACCCGGUCCCGAGUGCCAUUCAGAACGCGAUUCAGAAGGAGUACCGGGAAUCGGAGGAGGGUUUCCCAGAAGAAUUUACCCAUCUGCGUUAUACUGCGGCCACCUGUGAUCCCGACGAGUUCACCCUACGCAACGGAUACAAUCUGCGACCGGCCAUGUACAACCGACACACCGAGCUUCUGAUUGCCAUCACCUAUUACAACGAAGAUAAAGUCCUGACGGCACGCACGCUCCACGGUGUCAUGCAGAAUAUUCGCGACAUCGUCAAGUUGAAGAAGUCCGAAUUCUGGAAUAAAGGUGGCCCCGCCUGGCAAAAGAUCGUGUGCACCUUGAUUUUUGAUGGUAUCGAUCCUUGCGACAAAAACACUCUCGACUUGUUGGCCACAGUUGGUAUCUACCAGGAUGGUAUCAUGAAGCGGUCCGUCGAUGGCCGGGAAACCGUCGCACACAUAGUGAGUUCCUACACCCCUCCUGGUUUAGCCUGUCAAAACCAUAAUCCCUCUAUCCCGUUUGAGUACACCACCCAACUCUCUGUCACAUCCAACCAACAAUUGAUUCGGCCUCAGGGCAACGAGUCGUCAAACCUUCCUCCUGUGCAAAUGAUCUUUUGCCUGAAGCAAAAAAACAGUAAAAAGAUCAACUCCCACCGCUGGCUCUUCAAUGGUUUCAGUCGAAUCCUAAACCCUGAAGUGGUGAUCCUUAUUGACGCCGGAACCAAGCCGGGAAAGAAAUCACUUCUUGCUUUGUGGGAAUCCUUCUACAAUGAUAAGAACUUAGGUGGAUCUUGCGGUGAGAUUCACGCAAUGUUAGGAAAAGGAUGGAAGAACCUGAUGAAUCCCCUUGUCGCCGCACAGAAUUUUGAGUAUAAGAUCUCAAAUAUUCUUGACAAACCGCUAGAGAGUGCCUUCGGGUACGUUAGCGUGUUACCGGGUGCCUUUUCCGCCUACCGCUAUCGUGCUAUUAUGGGUCGUCCCUUGGAGCAGUACUUCCACGGCGAUCAUACACUGUCUAAGCAGUUAGGUAAGAAGGGUAUUGAGGGUAUGAACAUCUUCAAGAAGAAUAUGUUUCUUGCUGAGGACCGUAUCUUAUGUUUCGAGCUCGUGGCAAAGGCUGGAUUCAAAUGGCAUCUGACCUACGUGAAGGCUUCAAAGGGCGAGACUGAUGUGCCAGAAGGGGCAGCUGAGUUUAUCAGCCAGCGCCGUCGUUGGUUGAACGGUUCGUUCGCCGCCAGUUUAUAUUCUAUGAUGCAUUUCGGGCGGAUUUAUAAGAGCGGCCACAACAUCCUGCGCCUAUUUUUCCUCCAUAUCCAGAUGAUAUACAACUUCAUGGGUCUUGUCAUGACCUGGUUCUCUCUCGCUUCGUUCUGGUUGACUACUACUGUUAUCAUGGAUCUUGUCGGAACUCCUAGUGAUUCUAACAAGAACAAAGGAUGGCCUUUCGGUAAUGAAGCCUCGCCAAUCGUGAACAACUUCCUGAAGUACGGAUACGUGUUCUUCUUGAUGCUGCAGUUCAUCCUAGCGCUGGGAAAUCGACCGAAAGGUUCACGUCUCGCAUACACGCUGUCGUUCCUCUACUUCAGCAUCCUUCAAAUUUACAUCAUCGUCCUAUCGUUCUAUCUUGUCAAGAGCGCCUUUACUGGAGGCACACUUGAUUUCUCUCUCGACGAAGGUGUUGGCCACUUCCUCAAAUCUUUCUUCGGCUCUGACGGGGCCGGUAUUGUCCUGAUCGCUUUGGUUUCGACUUAUGGGAUUUACUUCCUCGCAAGUUUCUUGUAUAUGGAUCCCUGGCAUAUGUUUACAUCCUCCUGGGCGUACUUUGCUGGCAUGACCUGUUCAAUCAACAUUCUAAUGGUCUACGCUUUCUGUAACUGGCAUGAUGUUUCCUGGGGUACCAAGGGCUCUGAUAAGGGCGACUCGCUUCCCGUCGUUGAGACGAAGAAGGAUGAAGCCAAGUCCAAUUUCAUCGAAGAAGUUGACAAACCGCAGGCCGAUAUUGAUAGUCAGUUUGAAUCGACGGUCAAGCGAGCGCUAGAGCCUUACGUUGCGCCUGAAGAUAAUGACGAACCCAGCAUGGACGAUGGUUAUAAGGCUUUCCGAACUAACCUGGUGUUGAUAUGGAUUUUCAGCAACCUGAUCCUUGCACUGUGCAUCACCAGUGAAGGAAUCACCCGUCUUUGUCUCACGAAUACUUCUACCAUUCGCACCUCCAAAUACUUCGCCGCUAUCCUGUGGACGACCGCCGGUCUGUCUAUUUUCCGCUUUAUUGGAUCCCUCUGGUUCCUGGGCAAGUCUGGUAUCCUAUGCUGUGUCUCUCGCCGUUGA